GGGAGCCAUCUUCCCAAUUUAUCGCCGAAUCUUUUACUUAAUUCCAAAAUUAGCCCUUCUGAAAUCCCUAGCAAAAGUCGAUCCCCUUCCGGCACGUUAUCCCCUUCCGGCACGUUAGCCAAACGUCUUCACGGAACUUUUCCCCUUUCGCGGAAGCAAAGGCCUUCUUCUACAACUCCGACCAUACGCCGGCGACGAAAGGUGCCGACAAGAGACAAAACGUUAUCAAGUCAUAUCUUUUAGAGCUCAUCCCGUUGAGUCUCCUCCUCCGUCAACCAUUAUUUUUCCCGAUUGACAGAGAGCAAGCUUCAGCAGAAACUUACGGUUAAUAAAACUGGAUUACUCUUGUCAAAUUUCUAAAUGGGUUUUGUCAUCCUAGCUAAAAUAUGGAGCUCAACACCAUCAAAGAUGCAUUUGAUCGAGUUGCUAAGAAGCAGAAGUUAUCGUCCUCUAAAUCCCAAGAAGUAAUUGAUCAAGUUGGCCGUGAAAUUGAACAUGCACUGGCCAAACUUCAGUCAGUUCAUGACCCUGUCUCCAUUGAACAGAAAUCUAUUCUUAUGGAGCUCAAAACCAAGCUUAAUGUUAUCGGCCCACACAACCAGUUAGAAGGGUCUCAGAAGGAGCUAAACAUGAAUGUUAGCAAAUAUCCAAAACUCCUUGAAAAAUCCUUCAAUCCUGACAUAUCAAGAGCAUACAGAAAUGUUGAAUUUGACUUGCAUACGGUGAAUCAGAUCAUUGCGAACCAUUUUUACCAGCAGGGCUUGUUUGAUCUUGGGGAUUGCUUAAUAAAUGAAGCUGGGGAAUCAGAGGCCAUCACCCUUAAAUCUCAGUUCUUGGAAAUGUAUCAAAUAAUUGAUGCUAUGAAGGCUAGGAACCUCGAGCCUGCUCUAAACUGGGUGUCUUCCAACCAUGAUAAACUUCAGCAGAAUGGUUCCAAUCUUGAGCUGAAACUUCACCGGCUACAAUUUGUGGAGAUUUUGCAGAAAGGAAACCGUGCAGAUGCACUGCAUUAUGCCCGGGCAUACCUUGCUCCAUUUGCUUCCCUUCACAUGGAUGAGAUCCAGAAGCUAAUGGCUUGCCUCUUGUGGGCAGGAAGGCUCGACAGCUCUCCUUAUGCAGAGUUAAUGGCUCCUACCCAUUGGGAUAAGUUGAUUGAGGAACUAACUGGACAGUUCUGCUGUCUCUUGGGGCAGUCCUAUGAGAGCCCACUCAGUGUGGCAGUAGCCGCAGGGAUUGAAGGGUUGCCUACACUUCUGAAGCUGGCAAAUGUGAUGGCUGCGAAGAAGCAGGAAUGGCAAGCAAUGAAGCAGUUGCCAGUGCCGGUGGACUUGGGGAGGGAAUUUCAGUUUCAUUCAAUAUUUGUUUGUCCAGUAAGUAGGGAUCAAGGCAGUGAAGAGAAUCCGCCUAUGCUGAUGCCAUGUGGGCAUGUUCUCUGUAGACAAUCCAUCAUGAAGCUGUCCAAGAGCAACACACGAACAUUCAAGUGUCCAUACUGUCCUGCUGAUGCCUCCGUUGCACAGUGCAGGCAGCUUUAUUUCUGAUAUGUUGGUGUAAGAAUCUCUCUCUCUCUCUCUCUGGGCGUGUUAUUUAAAGCAAAUGUUAUGUGACAAUGGCACGGUGGUGGUAUUAGUGGUGAAAAUGUGGGGGGAUCUGUUCUUGUGAAUUACUUGUAUGUAAAUAGAAAUUCUUUAUAUUCAUGUUAUAAUUUCUCGAGGACAAGUCUAUUGCAUGAAGCCUACUCAAAACUUGUUUUUACGUGUCA